CACAGUCAACAGGAAGACUGAGCCGAGUCAGAGUGGAGACCAGACAGAGAGGACCCAAACACUCAGGAGAAGGAGGACGUCUCAAAAGCUUCCAAUCCAGCACAAAAAAACGAGAAGUCUGAAAGAAGGAAUGAACAUAAGGAGUAAGAAUCACAGAGAGGUGGAGAAACUCCAGUUAACGUCUCCACACAACGUCGAGGUGGAGAAGUCAGACAAGAAAAGUUCCAAAUACAGGGAGGGGUAGCUUCCAAUGCAAACUACAAAGGAAAAGCAGAGGUUGUCUAGUAUGGCUGGGCAAGUAUCCAAGAGCUCAGCACAGCGACUCAGCCGAGACCUGACCUGUUCUAUCUGCCUGGACCUCUUCAAGCAGCCUGUCUCCCUGCCCUGUGACCACACCUUCUGCCAGGCAUGUAUCGCUGGCUACUGGACGGGCCCCAGAGGCGAGGUCCAGGGGGGGUCCGGAUCCUGUCCCCAGUGCAGGAAGGUCUUCCCUGGCCAGAGCUACCGGCCCAACCGCAUAGUUGGUAACAUAGUGGAGAGCUACUGCCAGGGCCUGGAGGAAAGAGAGGGGCUGCUGGGGGACACGGGGGUACCAGAGAGGAGCCUUGCUCCUGCUCCUGCCCCGUGCUGUGGCCGGCACCGAGAGGAGCUGAAGCUCUACUGUGAGGAGGACCAAGAGCUGUUGUGUCUGGUGUGUGGACUCUCUCAGGAGCACCGGAACCACAACAUGGUGUGUGUCCAAGAGGCACAGCAGAGAUACAGGGCAUCUCUCAGCAGUUCCAUGGACUCUCUGAAAGGGGAGCUGAACACGGCCCUGCAGUGUGAGAGAGAGACUGAGGACGAGGUCAAGAAGCUCAAGGAGCACACGGCAGACCUGAAGCAGCGCAUCGAGGCCCAGUUCAGCGACCUGCACCAGUUCCURUACCAGGAAGAGAAGCUKCUGCAGGUGAAGCUGAAGACAGAGGAGCGCAGGGAGCUGAUCAGGCUGGACGAACACAAGGCCCUGCUCUGUGUGGAGGUCUGCCGUCUGCAGAGGGCCCUGAAUGAGAUCGAGGACAAGCUGAGGGAACAGGACCCCUUUACAUUGCUGCGGAAUAUCAAGACCCUGGUCCAGAGGCCGACGCCCAAGUUUGAAAAGCCUACUCUCACGGCCCCGAGCCUGUGUGAGGGUCGGUUCGCAGGGCCCCUGCAGUACCGAGUGUGGAAAUCACUGAAAGGAAGCAUCUACCCAGUUCCGGCCGCCAUCACCUUGAAUUCGAGCACAGCCAACCCCUGGCUUAGCCUGACCUCCUCCCUCACCUGUGUCCGCUACCAGACCUUCAACCACUCUGUCCAGGACAACCCCAACCGCUUCAAUGCUGCAUUGUCCCUGUUGGGCAGUCAGGGCUUCACCCACGGCCGCCACUACUGGGAGAUAGAGGUCUACAGCAGCACUGUGUGGACCGUGGGUGUGGCUAGAGAAACUGUAUCGAGGAAGGGAGUAAUCAAAGCCUUGCCGGCCAAUGGCUUUUGGACCCUGUCCCUGUCCUAUGGAAUACAGUACAUGGCCUGUACAUCGCCCCCUACUGUGCUUUCACUGGAGGAGCCUCUGGCUAGGAUAGGUGUAUAUCUGGAUUAUAAGAGGGGUCURGUGUCUUUCUACAAUGCAGAGAGCAUGACACAUCUCUAUACGUUCCGUGAAACCUUCACAGAGACGUUGUACCCCUACUUCAAUCUGGGAUUCCUAGAUAAAGUGCAUGAGAAUGAGCCCCUCAAAGUUUUCCUUCCCAAAAUCUGACAGCCGCGGCACUUAUCUAUUCCCCGCAAAGCCUGAGGCCAUCCUUACACUGGUGUGGUGCUAAAACACCCUAAAACAACUGACACAAAAUACUACCGUCAUAUUGUUUGAGAUGUUAGAGAGAGUAAGCAGGCCAACUGUAAAUAAUAAUUUUUAAAAAUGUAAUCUUGAUGUGGGCCAGAGCUUCACCAUCAAGGUUUGUUAAAUGUAUGUAUGCGCAAUAACCUUUUGCAGUAUUACAGUGUAAAUUGUACGUGACUGGCGUUAACAGAAUGAUGAAUACAAAAUGUCCUUAUCGUGUACAAUGUACGGCAGUUUAAUAUUUUGAGACAAAAAUGCGGCAACUAUUUUAAUAAGUAAUCUUUAAUGCAUAAUAAUAAUCUUUUAAUGAAUUUUGGAUAUCAUCAGUAUUACAAACGUUCACCUCACGAUACUGUACCAUUCAAAAUAAAUAAUAAUUUGUUUUGUG